CAUGUUACCCGACUUUUGCAUCGCACCACGCCUCAACCCUCUAUUUUUCCUCUUGCUCUGGAGUCCUCUUUCUUCCUCGCUCUCUGUAGAGAUCUCUCUCAUAUUAAAGGAUAAAAUUACUUUCUUCAAGUCCAAGCUAGACUUUACUAAUGGCUCCUAUGGUGGUUCUAGUGUUCAUUUUGGCCAUGGUUGGGGUUUCAGAUGGAGCUUGGUGUGUAUGCAAGCAAGAUUUGCCGAGCCCAACCCUUCAGAAGGCCAUAGACUACGCCUGUGGGGCUGGAGCCAAUUGCGGCCCAAUACACCAAGGCCAGCCCUGCUACGAACCCAACACAGUUGCAGCGCACUGCUCCUUCGCUGCCAAUAGCUACUACCAGAAGAAUGGCCAGAACCAGCAGGCUUGCGAUUUCUCUGGCACUGCUCAGCUCGUCACUUCUGAUCCAAGUACGCCUGGCUGCAGUUAUCCUGCCACUCCAAGUGCGGCGGGAGGCCCCGGUACUGGCACACCCAGCACCUCACCCACAACCCCAGGGGGGUCCACCACACCAGGGUCAUCUACUGUAACCCCAGGCUCACCAACAAGUGGGACCGGCUUCACCCCUAACUCACCCACCACUGGUACAGGAAUUGGCACUGGAGGCAGUACUGGCGUUCUUGGAGGCCUAGGCCCAUCUGGAGUUGGGCUUGAUGGGAGUGAUGCCGGCCUUCUUCCAAAUGCGAACAUGGCCGUGUUGGCCUUCUCUGCGCUAGCAGCCUUUGCUUUGCUUUAGGGCGGGUUUCUUUCACUUUUUGAUGGAAGGGUUUUUUUAUUCCUUUAGUGGGGUAGUAGAUGUAGGCUAGGCUGUCCUUUUCUACUUUUUUUCUUUUUCUUAGGUUUUUGUCCUUAUUACUUUUUUGGUGUAAAUCUUGGGAGGCGGUAAUUUUAUUAUUAUUAUUAAUAUUAUUGAGAUAUGUGGUAGCUGCUUUGGUGGUGA